AUGGAUAGCAAACGGCAAUCUCCAAAGCUGCCAGCGCUUCCUCCGCUGCAGGUUCAGCCGCAAACAUUUAGAAGAAGGCGGCCACCUCCACUUCCUCCACGUGAAAUUAUUACUAGUCCAGUGACUCCAACUUCAGGAACUUCGUUUAAUAUUGUACCAAUGCGGCCUAACGACAGCCCUUUCCAGCCAUCCUCCAACAGUGCAUAUUCUUCUCCGUUUGUAUCAGAAAAGAAUAACACAAUGGGAGAACGAAAACCAUCAGCUCCUAAAGUUUACAAAUCUCCGUUCGUUGGCGAUCCUUCGGUAUUCAGAUCACCAACAAGUCCAGUUUCAUCUCAAAGUAAUCAACGGCUGUCAUCGUCAUCUACUUCAAGUAUCUUCACCAAUAACAUUCAAUUGCCAAACAUAGAGUAUGAAGGCUUCAUUACACAAGAUUCUAAAGAUGUUACACUGAAGGCAUUACCUGCUUUACCACCAAGAAACUUUUCCGGACCGAUCAACGCUGCUACAAAGACUAGUGCUGUUUCGACGACACCAACAUCACAUACUCAUGUUGACACUGCUGCUCAACUGCCAGCACUGGAGACAAUAUCGCCAAUCUCAACCGGAAAUUUCAAUUUCAAUUGGUCAACCUCGGAUAAAAGUAGCUUGCAAAAUACGACUCUAUAUUACCAACAACCACCCAGGUUAGGAGGAGAGCUAACACACGAGAGAGGGCUCUCCGAUAGUCUUAACAGCUACUACUCUAACUCAAGUUAUGCUUUCAACAAGAAUGCAGAGGAAUUUGCUCGACAUGAAUCAUUUGGGUCCAUUACUGGUAGUAAACCUUUGAAUAACGUAGCGAGCAUUACAGUGCCAACCCAGCCAUUCCCAAUCAAAUUACUCGAUGAACGCAAGCUUUAUCAAUGUUACAACAUCAGUCAACUGUCACAUAUAUAUCAAUGGCUUUUGAAGGUCUAUUUUGAGUGGUUUAAUGAGUAUGUUUUCUUCAAAUUGGAAUUUUUCCAGAUUGUUCAACUACUCUUGGAGUUCCAACUACCAAGUUCAUGUGAACAAGAUAUUAUAGAUUCCAAUGUGGACAAGAUUAUCGAGUCGCUAGUUCAUCAAGGUGCAGUGCGCUUUGAAGAGGAUCCAGAGACUUCUAAACAAAUAACUAUUAUAAUCGCAGGUUUAGACACACAAGGUGUAUUUACGGAUUUAUUACCUUGCUAUUCCUACUCUCACAUACACGAUGAUCCAACGACAGACCUUAAGUGUUACUCUCAUACUUGCUGGAGCACAAAAACUUCGGAAUCAUAUAGAUCUGAAAUCAAAAUCUCAGAAUUCAUCAACAAGUCCGUUGGAUUAUGGACCGAUUAUUGGAAACUAACAGCAGAUGAAAUAGCAGAGAUCAAUCCUAGAGAAGUCAAGCGCCAGAGUUUUAUCUUUGAUCUUAUAGUGUUGGAAGAAAGAUCUCUUAAUUUGGCAAAUGCAGCUGUUGAAAUUUACGGUGCUUCAUUCGAUCCGGCGCUUCUUCCAUACGAACCGAACUUCAAGGCAAUGGCUUAUGAUAUAUUUGUUCCAUUGAUCGAACUUCAUAAAGACUUCCUUUUAAGUCCAAUUCUUUGGAAACUAAAAAUCAAAGGAAAGUUCAUUGAUGGUGUCGGUAAAAUAUACUUGAAAUGGGCAAAUGAAGCAAAAACAGUUUAUGUGAAAUAUGCUCAAAAUAUGGCAGCUGUUCAUGAGAUUAUUAAUUGGGAAAAGGAAAAUAAUACUAGAUUUGCUGCAUGGUUAAAGGAGAUCGAUGAAUCUUCUGCAAUAACCCGUUCUAAACUUUAUCACGAUGUGAUUUUUUUCGGAGGAUUCUUCAAGUCUUUACAAAAUAUGCCGGUAACCUUGAGAUCAAUAUUAAAAUGCACAGAUCCAUCUAUGGAUGAUUAUGAAUACUUGAAAUUAGCAAUCCAAGAAAUUGAGGAGCUCUCAAGAUUAGUUGAUAAGACCCAUGGAGACGCCAUCGACAGAAGAAAAAUCAUAAGAUUAGCUCGUCAAUUAAUUAUUACGUUUAAGACAGGAAAUACAGUGAAUUACCUAAACAUUCAGUCUAACAAUGCUAAUUUGUCAUCUAAUUCAACCAAUACUGAGCAUCUCGAUUUGAAAUUAGGAGACCCUGAUAGAAAGAUCAUUAAAGAGGGAAUGCUUCAUAAAAAAAGGGAACUUUGGCUUGAAAGUGCACCGGUCUAUAUCAUAUUAUUAGAUAACUAUUUCCUGAUAACAGAGGAGGUAUUGAAGGGAACAGAAAAGAAAUAUAAAUUGCUGGAUAGACCUAUUCCCAUUGAUUAUUUGAGUUUAGAAACGAAAGAAGAAAUUAACUACAAAAGAAAAUCAACAUCCGAAGGUGAUGAUGAGAGCUCAAGUUUACAGACACCUUCUACCCCUAAGAAGCCUCCACUUUUACAAGCAGGAACUACUAUGAGUUCAAUACCAAAAACAAUUUAUCAAACUGCUACCAAUGCAAACCAUAAUGGCGAAGAUGACGAAGACUAUUCAUAUUCAUUCAAAAUUAGGAAUACAGCGUCCAAUGAAUCUCAUACAUUCUACACUUCGUCAAUCGAGGAUCGUGAAUUAUGGAUUGCAGCAUUGAUUGACUCGUUCCAGAAAUAUAUGGGUAACAGCGGCAAAGAAGCAUUCCAGCUACAAUGUCUAUGCGAUAUGUUUUCAUACGAUGAUAUUCAAGCUCCAACCAAUUUACCAUUGGAACCAGAAGGUUCAGCUGUUGGAAGAGCAAUUAAAGAAUUUUACGGAUCUGAACCUAUUAGCUCUUAUGGUGUAAAGGGCGAUGUUUUGUCUUCAUUGUCAUUUACAUACGAGAACGAAAACUUCGUUUUAUGUGGUGUAAACACUGGGGUAUAUAUUGCCUCCUACAGGUGUCUAAAGCAAUGGAAGCGCAUUUUAAACCUCCCAAAAACUACUAGAAUGGAGAUCAAUUCGAAACUAGGACUUCUGUUUGUUCUAGCAGACCGAAAACUCUGUUAUUUCAAUAUCCCCAGUAUAAUAUCUGCCUUUUAUGAUUCAGAGCAGUACUUACCCGAGAAUAAACUAGUAGGAAUCAUGAUUCAAGAAAAGAUAUCUUUCUUUAAAGUUGCCGAGGAUUUCAGUAAUUCUCGCCAUCUCUUUUACGAGAGAAAGGGCGAAAUAGUUAUAAUGACACCGGAGUUUGAUCCCUUGACAAAAGUCUUUAGGUUUUUCAAGCACUAUAAGAGCUAUAAAAUUCCAGCGUCAAGUAACGGAUUGGUGAAUACCUCAAUAUCAGAUAUUACCAUUUUCAAAAAUAGCUUCAUAGUAUGCUCCUCGAAAGGAGCAAUCUUAUAUUCAGAGUCUUUCAAUGAAGAAGGAGCUUUCCUACCGAUCACUCUUCCAGAAUCGUCCAAAACAAAGUUCAAUGGAUUACCCUUUAAAAAACAAAUUGACUAUAAGUCGAAAAGCAACUCUUCAUCUAUGAAGAUGGCAGAGUAUGUUAGAUCGGACAUUCUAACUAAAAAAACCAAGCCUAUUGGCUGUUUCCAGAUCGAUCCUAAUAUUUUUAUACUAUGCUACGACGAAGCAAUUAUAAGGAUCAACAAGUUUGGUGAAAUUCCGGAUUGGAAGAAUGAUAUUCUUGUACUAGAUUUCUACUGCAUUAAUGUUUCACUAUGCCAAGGCUACCUUGUACUUACUGGUGACAACCUUGUUCAAGUCUAUGAUCUACAUAUUUUAGAUGGUGCAGACUGGGCGAUAAGUUCCAUCAAGCCAGUGCAGAUCAUUAAGGGUAAGAAGAUAAAAAUGACUUCAUCAGUGGAAGACUACACCAGCAUAGUUUUGACCCAUCCAAACAUACCAGGCAGACAACUAUUAAUGGAAUUUAACUUAACAAGUUAG